AUGAUACGUGAUACGAGGUUGGACCAUAGAGCGGGAGGCGCUGCGGACGAUAGAGCGGGAGGCAUGGCGGACGAUAUAGUGGGAGGCGGGGCGGACGAUAGAGCGGGGAGUAACACGCGGGUGGGCGAGAGAGGUGACGUGGAUGAUAGCACAAAAGCCUCUCAUACUGGAGACGUGCUGAUGACAGCCGGCGCGGCCGUGACAGCAGCAGCACAUGACCGGAUGUCUCAAGAGUAUCAAGUUGCGGUUCAGAGCGGUGCUGAGGGGUGUGUCGGGGGCGCGUCAGGGGACGAUAGAGCGGCAGGUGCGGCGGAUAGUGCAAGCCGUGGCGACACGACCGUGACGGCAGCUCAGGCGAUUCGAGAAUGUCAUACCACGACGGUUGAGAGCGGUGCUGAGGGGUGCGUGGGGGAGGGGGAGGCGGAGGGCGGACAGGCGGAGAGCGCAAGCGGGGCAGAGCGGAGAGUGGCGGACGGGGAAGUGGCUGCAGCGGGGGCUACUAGCGGACGAGGCGCAGUGGCGGAGUGUUCGAGGGAGAGAUUGGGGGAAGGGUUGGCGGAAGGAUUGGCGGAGCGGAUCCGCGCGCUGGUUGAUGCGGCGGACAUGGGCGCAGUGUGGGAGGCGCAAGGGUCAAGCCUGGGCGCGCUACAGGACACGGCGGCCAUCCUGGCGCAUUUCAACGCAUUUUCGCUCAAGGCGCUGGCAUCUGAAGCCCCUGCCAUGCGCUCGCACACUGCCGCCCUACAUGCUUUACAGAGUGAUCUCAUGCGCUCAUUCAGAAAAAUCAGGGAAAUGAAGGCGAAGUUGAGAAAGGCAUUCCCAAACGCGUUCAAGGUCAGUCUGAUGGGUUAUGAGUCGCGUUUUGAGUCAACUCAUAAAGUGUUUAAGGCCAGUCUGGUGGGUUAUGACUUUCUUUUAAAGUUGACUCAUAAAGCGUUCAAGUUCGUUGGUUAUGAGGUUUGA